ACCAUUCUUCUUCUUCCCCGCCCGAGUGCCCCGCCUAGCUUCCUUCUUUCUCCGUCUCCUCCAUGAAAGCUCGCAAACGGUUUUAUCAGUUGAAGCUUUUUUAAAACAAUGCACUUCUUCUUCGUCCCGACUUCUUCGUCUUCAUCACCUUCUCCGGCGAAUACUUCUUCAUUCUCUCUUUUAUUUCUCGCUCCUUCUCAAAUUCCUGAUAAUCUCUGUAAAUUUUCGGCGAAGAUCAAUAUCGGAACCCAUGGAAUCUCCGGUCAAUCGUUUCUCAUGCAUCCUCCGUGCUCCUCUAAGAGCACGUCUCUGUGUGCAGUUGUCGACAGGUCUUCGUCGGGUGUAUCAUCGCAGCAGAAGGAAUUGACGAGCGAGGGAGGGGAAUCUAACACGGAGGGAGUAUUGGUAGUUCGACGGCCGUUGUUGGAGAAUUCCGAUAAGGAAUCUAGUGAGGAAGAGGGAAGAAAGUAUCCAGCGAGGAUCGAUGCUGGUCUGAGUAAUAUAGCGAAGAAGAUGCCGAUAUUUGAGCCGGAGAGAUCGGAGUCGUCGUCGUCGUCUUCAGCCGCGGCUGCUGCUAGGGCUCAAGAGAAGCCGCUUGCGGUGAAUUUGGACUUAUCUCUGUACAGAGCAAAGGUUCUGGCGAGAAAUUUCAGAUAUAAAGACGCUGAGAAGAUUCUGGAGAAGUGCAUAGCUUACUGGCCGGAGGAUGGGAGACCAUACGUGGCAUUGGGGAAGAUACUGAGCAAACAAUCCAAGUUAGCUGAAGCUCGGAUCGUGUAUGAGAAAGGGUGUCAAGCUACACAAGGAGAGAAUGCAUAUAUUUGGCAGUGUUGGGCUGUCCUGGAAAAAAAGUUGGGAAAUGUAAGAAGAGCCAGGGAAUUGUUUGAUGCAGCUACGGUGGCUGACAAGAAGCAUGUAGCAGCCUGGCAUGGAUGGGCAAACCUGGAGAUUAAACAAGGAAAUAUUAGUAAAGCCAGGAAUCUGCUAGCCAAAGGCCUCAAGUUUUGUGGCCGAAACGAGUAUAUCUACCAAACACUUGCCUUGUUGGAAGCCAAAGCUGGCCGGUAUGAACAGGCUAGGUACCUGUUCAAGCAGGCCACUAUAAGCAACUCAAAGAGCUGCGCCAGUUGGUUGGCAUGGGCUCAGUUGGAGAUACAGCAGGAAAGAUACCCAGCUGCUAGAAAGCUUUUUGAGAGAGCAGUCCAGGCAAGCCCCAAGAAUAGGUUUGCGUGGCACGUGUGGGGGGUGUUUGAAGCUGGAGUAGGUAAUGUUGAGCGUGGAAGAAAGCUCCUGAAGAUAGGUCAUGCGCUCAAUCCUAGAGACCCUGUUCUCCUUCAGUCUCUUGGCUUACUGGAGUACAAACACUCAUCUGCUAAUCUUGCCCGAGCUUUACUAAGAAGAGCAUCAGAGCUCGAUCCUAGACAUCAGCCUGUUUGGAUUGCUUGGGGUUGGAUGGAAUGGAAAGAAGGAAACACAACAACAGCUAGAGAACUUUACCAAAGAGCUCUCUCCAUUGAUGCAAAUACCGAAAGCGCUGCUCGUUGUCUACAGGCGUGGGGAGUUCUUGAACAGAGAGCAGGAAACUUAUCAGCAGCAAGAAGAUUGUUCAGAUCUUCAUUGAACAUUAACUCACAGAGCUAUGUUACAUGGAUGACCUGGGCACAACUUGAGGAAGAUCAAGGAGACUCCGAACGUGCUGAAGAAAUCCGGAACCUGUAUUUCCAACAACGGACGGAGGUUGUUGAUGAUGCCUCGUGGGUCACAGGAUUCUUGGAUAUCAUCGACCCGGCUUUAGACACUGUUAAAAGGCUCUUGAACUUUGGUCAGAGCAAUGACAACACCAGGUUAACAACUACUCUUAAAAACAUGGGUGGCGCCAAAGAUAGCCAAUCCAAUCAGCAGCCAGAGAGCUCCAUGGGACGUGAGGACACUGAAACUGGGAGCGGGUUUAAACUCGAUGCGUUUUUACGCGAGAAGCUGUCGUUGGAUCCUUUGAAGCUGGACGUUAAUCUUGAUUCUAAGAGGUUAGAGAGAUUCACUAGAGGGAGGAUAAAUGAUGGUGAUUGACAAAAUAUGAGGAAUAUUUAUUGGGGCGGUGUAAAGAUAAAGGAUCGAAUGUGUAAUUUUGAGAAGAAUGAUAAGAUAGCAAUUUGUUAAAAUUGAAAAAAAGAAGAUUUACUAUAGUGACUUUAACUUUACCACUUUAUUUAGUUCUCUUAUCUGA